AGAGACAGUUGUGAUUAUUCUUACGCAGGCUAUGAUCCGCGAUAGUGAAUGAGGCGAACAACGAGAGCGAGUCGCUGUUAGGCUGACAUUUCAAAAUGUCUGUUUUUUUGGAUUUUACAGCCGUAAAGAGGACACGAUCAGCAGAGUGACAGAGUUUAGCCCCGCUACAGCCAGCUUGGCUUGCUGAAACAAACAUGGCGGCGGUGUUGUUAUAUUUCUAUGCGGCUUUUGUUAUUUCUGGGGUGGUUCUGUGUCCUGGAUGUAAUGCUCAGCGAAGUAUGUGUCCAUCGAACUGUUCCUGUCUUGGUCCAUUGGUGGACUGCAGUAACAAGCAUCUGACUGAAAUGCCCAAAGAGAUUCCUACAUGGACAGAAUUUCUGGAUCUACAAUCAAAUUACAUCCAGUCGUUGCCACAUGAUGCCUUUGAUGGCCUAGUGAACCUGAGGCAAUUAGAUCUGAGUAACAAUGAGUUGACCACCAUCAAUGGAAGUAUAUUUGAAAAUUUGACAAGAUUGCAGGAAUUAAAAAUUGCAUUUAAUUCACUGACAACGAUACCAAAUUUUGGUGGUAAACUCAUCAACUUAACUCAACUCAGCCUGCACCACAACAACAUCAUUGACAUCUCUGGAACUUCAUUGGAUGGACUCGCAUCACUUCGAGAAUUGGAUCUAAAUUAUAAUAAAAUUGAAGAAUUAAAAUGUGGCUCUUUUCCAAGUAGAAAUAUGUUACAUCAGCUGUACCUCAACAAUAACAAAAUCACAACUCUACAACCUGGGUGCUUUAAUAACAUUACCACACUGGAAUGGCUUAAAUUGAACAAAAACAAAAUCUCUAAUUUAGAUAAAGUUUUUGAACCUCUAGAAAAUUUAAAAUAUUUAGAAUUAAGUCGGAAUAAAAUAAAAUCCAUUGACAGUCUUGCCUUUAAAGGAUUGAAAAAUUUGCAUAUUCUUCGACUGAAGCGCAAUGGGAUUUCCGAAUUAAUGGAUGGUGCCUUCUAUGGGUUGGACACAAUUCAGAAUAUACAUUUAGAUAACAACAACCUUACUGUGGUGCGGAAAAGUUGGCUGUAUGGACUGACAACAUUACAGGAACUCACUUUGAGUCAUAAUAAAAUUAGCAGUAUUGAGGCAGAUGGAUGGGAUUUUUGCAAAGAAUUAUGGGAAAUUGACCUCAGUCAUAAUAUGCUGAACAGUCUGGAAACCAAUUUAUUUAAGCAUCUUCAGGCCUUGAAGAAUCUGUAUAUGGGAAACAAUCAGAUAUCUAAUAUUGAUGAUGAAGCCUUUAUGGGACUGAGUUCAUUAGAAUCGCUUGAUAUGAACCACAACGAUAUUUCGUGGACAGUGGAAGACACAACCGGUGCAUUUCUUGGUCUUGAAGCACUCCAUCGUCUCAGUCUUGCUAGCAAUAAAAUUAUGUCCAUUCAUAAACGUGCGUUCACAGGUCUCUCAGGACUUGAAGUCUUGGAUCUAUCUGACAACAUGCUGACUAGUAUUGAAGAGGAUUCAUUUGUUAAUAUGCAGAAUUUAAAAGAACUCCGUAUAAAUUCAACAAGCCUUGUAUGCGACUGCGAACUAAAGUGGAUUCGAAAUUGGAUUCGAAGUAAUGGUUACGAGAAUUCCAUCGAUUUGAAAUGUUCCCAUCCACAGCGAUUGAAAGGGCAGAGUAUACUCAAUGUAGAAGGACAAAAAUUCAUUUGUGAGGAUAUUCCGAAACCUAAAAUGAUAAAGCACCCCAAAACCACCAUGGCGCUGAAAGGAGAAGAUGUCAUGUUGACCUGCAAGGCAGAAAGUAGCAGUGAUUCACCAAUGCAGUUUAUAUGGAAAAAAGAUAACAAGGUUUUAAGUACAGACGAUUACGAUAUUUCUACACAAGCACAAGCGCCAAGUGAAGAUAUGGUUGAGUUCAUCACAAUGCUAACGCUCCCGAAUGUCAGAGAUGAGGAUGCUGGCAAAUAUCAGUGUAUUGUGUCAAAUCAUUUUGGUCCUUCAUAUUCUGAUAAAGCCAAAGUAAUGGUGUAUGUGUUUCCAGUCUUCAUUAAAGUUCCUCAAGAUAUCACUGUGAAAGCAGGCAGCAAUGCCCGACUAGAGUGUGCCGCCAGAGGCCAGCCACAGCCACAGAUAGCGUGGGUCAAAGAUGGCGGUACAGAUUUCCCAGCAGCAAAUGAACGAAGAAUGAGAAUGAUGCCAGAGGAUGAUGUGGUGUUUAUAAUAGACGUCAAACCAGUAGACAUGGGUGUUUAUACAUGUACGGCACAAAGUUUAGCUGGCAAUAUCAGUUCUAAUGCUACAUUAACUGUGUUAGAAACCCCAUCAUUUGUGGAACCUAUGCAGGAUGUGGAUGCCGUGAUGGGGGAGAACGCAGUCCUCAGAUGCCCUGCCAGCGGAUAUCCAAAACCCAGGAUUAAAUGGAUGAAAGAUGACAAUGCACUAGACAUUACUGAAAGACAUUUUUUUACUUCAGAGAAUGAACUCUUAGUCAUUGUGCAUGCAGAAUCGGGUGAUGCCGGUCUUUAUACAUGUGAAAUCUCCAAUACACUGGGAACUGUUGUACAGUCUGCAGUGUUGACUGUAAGUGCCAAUACCAAUGCCCCCAAUGGACAGAAUAGAGGGGGACUUGGGUUGGAUGAUGAGAGUACAACUACAGGAAUCAUAAUCAUAGCAGUGGUUUGCUGUGUAGUUGGUACUUCGCUGGUCUGGGUCAUUAUCAUCUAUCAAACAAGGAAGAAACGAGAAGAAUUUGGACCCACAAAUACAGAUGAAACUACAUUACCACCUGAAUUGCCAAGUUCCACUUAUAAUACGUCUUCUCAAGGUACUUUGCAUGCCGAGUCUAGUACGCACUCGUCACCAGCCAUUCAACCACCAAAUUCCUCAAUAUCAGGAAGGACUGAUAAUUUGAGCAGUGAUAGCGAGUCUGAUUCACUGAGGUAUGGAGGAACAAUUAGCGGUGGUGGUAACCGUUUGCCGUCUAGAAUUCGUACUGCUGCAAUAUUCCCCAGUGACACUGAGCAUGAAACUCAAACAAUACCGUUAACAUCAGACGUGCAGGCACCAGCUGAAAAUUCAGGUAAUAGUGUACUAACCAUACCGGGAAUGCCAAGUCCACCAAUGCAAAGGAGGACACCUGAUCCAAAUAGCAUACCUGCACUGAGAGGAAGUUUACCAUCAUACAACCAUAAUAUUUCAAUGUCGCAGCCUCAUAUCGCUGCUACACCCAAUAUAACAGUUAAUCCAAUGCAUUCGCCAAUGCACAUUACAGUGCCAGUUCAUGACAAUAUUCACCGGAUGGAUGCGGUGGAAUACCCAGGACAUAAUUCACUGGAUAAUGCAGUUGUUACACACCCAUAUCCUAGGGAGGAACAUGCGCUUGAUAAAACAAUACAAGAACUUUUUCACCAAAAUGAGCCACCAGGCUGUGAUAGUGGCUUAGAUCUGAGUACAGACAAUUCUAGGAACACUCCCUAUAGCAGCUAUAAUGGUACCAGUUUACAUCGAUACCCCAGGUUUCCCCAAGAAUAUCACACAGAAACUACAAGUGCUUCACCUCACCUUGCUACAAGUACACCUCCAAAUAACCAUAAUUCAUCACUUCAUACAUAUCAUAAUCAUCAGCAUUCAUCGCCGUUGGAGAUAGGUGAUAAAUUUGUGACAGUGCCAUCACAUAGAGUGCUACCGCAUAGAACAAUAGACUCUUAUCUAAGGGACUCUAGGAGCCCAACGCAAAUGAACAGAACUCACCAAGAAAGCCCUAGCAGCGUGUAAAUAAGUGCAGUUUUAAAAAUAUGGCUUCUAUGAAACUUUAUAUAUGUAUAUUUCUUCUUGUAUAUGGGGGACAACUGCUGGCAGAAUUAAAGACAAUAUUUUUAGGUACAGAAAAAUAAUUAUUGAAAAGAAAAUUUUUUCUAUGUCAUAUCCCCUGAAGGGAGACAAUUUUAUAUAAAUUGAAAUAUUCAGUAUUUCAGAUCUUUCUAUAUAGUGCUUUAAGAGCAAUGUUACUAUGGCAACCAACCAGAUUCAAAGCUUUUGGAGGAUGAAAGUGUUUUUGGUUGCAGGAAUCAAACAUUUUUAUUUUUGUUCUCGGUACAAUUAUCUGUCGCAACUCAACCAGUGUAUUUUGCAUUUUGAUUUACAAAUUGGUAUAAUAUAAAUAAGUUCUAUGUUGUGAAUCUUGUUAGCUCUGCAUUAGGUAUUACACAAAUGCCCUCAUUGGUAGUGGUAUUUGGUCAUCAAAUGCUGGUAUUGCUAGAUUCAUGCAAGUGCCAUAAUAAAAUAUGAAAUAUAAUUUUCUAAAUAAUGACCCUACCUUAACCCCUCUCUAUAUUUUAGAUCAUUCUGUUUUGCAUAGAUUUCUUCACUUUCACAGGUGCAACAGAAAAUUCAAUUUCAUCAAGAUUACCACUCCCCCCUUUUUUUAGUAAAAAAAACAAAACCAAACUACCCCCUGUAAAAUAGAAAAUUGCCAUUUUCAGUGUUAAUAAUAUUAUUUUUGACUCACUGGGUCAUUCCAUUUACAGUAGAUGGGGAUGAUGGGUGUUGCAUCUUGCAUCAAUCUAAUAUCAGUUAACAGCAAUAUUUCAUUCAAACAAAACAGUAUUCAUGGAAUUAGCACUUAUGAAAGCCUUGAACAAUUAGAUUUAAGGGAAUAUUAAGAAGUCUAUUGUAAAAGAGUAUAUUUAAGAUUAUUGGAUCAUCUCUUUAAUAAUACAUGUACCUUAAUGAAUCAAUCUUGCCAAAGUGAAUUAAUAAAUGGUCAUUUUUUAUUGGUAUUGUAUUUGCUCUAUUAGAAGUGCCAAAAAUGUAAGAUUUGGUAUGCAAGAUUUGAUCUAAGCGCCAGCAUUUUAAAUAGAGCAAAUGCCGUAGUCUGUAUAUGUAGUCUUUCUAUUAAUUUUAAUGCCGCCGACAAUGCGAAAGUUUUUUAAACAAAUUCUUUUAUUUGCUCUUUUUAAGAAAUAAAUUUUAUAGUGCAAACCAAUAGGUACCAUGACAGAAGAAUAUUGCCCUGCUCCAUAAUCUUUUGCUAUUUGUAUACCUCAACACUGUCACAGCCGUCUUAUGGUUAAGGAUCAUGGGAAUGUACGGUGUAUAAUUUUUUUUUACUCCCAUGUAUCCCAUUUUUUGACAGCUCUCGUACAAGACCAAUACUUAUCUUGCAUUUUUAAAUGACACCCUAGAAGUAUAUAUACUAGUGUUGUUUUUUUUUAAGUAAGGAAAUAUUUAUUACAGAAAGUUGCAAUAAACAUUGUGAAUACUUCUGUGCAGAAGUUGAUAGAUAAAUUAAGGCGUUAAACAACUGAAAUUUAUUUUUGCGCUUUUGGACAUAUCUGGGCAGUUUAGUUCCCUUUGUAUAUAGUUGGCUAUAGUAUUUGCAGUUCUUUGCAAUAAGUUUCCAAUAAUGAAAAGGCCUUAAAAAAACUACACACACAUGGGGAGGGGGGGGGGAUAAAAUUGGUGGCAAAUAAGAGGGUUUGAAGAUGGUGACAUACCUCAGUUGUGAGAAAUUAUUUAUUGUACACAUUUAUUAUUUCUAAUAUGCGCGACAUCUGUAAAAAGACACCAAAUUUAUUUGUACAGCAUUUUAAAAAAUAUUAAAAAUUCCUUUUUUUGCCA